GGGUUGGCCGCAGACAGACUGGGAACACAGAACGUCGCCAUGCACUGUCCGUGGACCCACAGCUAGCUAGCAGGAAUGCCUCAUGAAGACCUCGACCCAGGCCGCGUUGCUCCCUCCGAGCCAUACACCGUCGCGUUAUUUCUUAACCUCAAGAUGUGAAGAAGUAGCGAGUGUUAUGAAAUGCCCGGCUUUUAAGUCUUGUUUUCGGCUUUCGCCCGGCGUAGCGUGGCAGAGGCGGUGGAUCGCGUCCAAAGUUGUCGGUUAGCAGGGCGCGUGUGAAGGAUUGGAAUUAAAGGCGCAGUGCACCCCCUUGUCGCCCGCAAAUAUGGAGAAGCAGCAGCAGAACGACUUGGAACGAGAUCGCCAGUACUGUGAACUUUGUGGGAAAAUGGAGAACCUUUUGAAGUGUGGGAGGUGUCGCAGCUCUUUCUAUUGCAGCAAGGAGCAUCAGAAACAGCACUGGAAAGAGCACAAGCGCAUUUGUAAAGAGGCGGACAAGACGCAGCCUCCCAAACAGAAAGCCGAGCAAGAGCAGCCACCCGGGGAUGAGAAGACGCCGGAUAGAUGCCCGAAGAAGAAGGAUAGCCCGGAGCUGGCGGACAGUAGUGCUCCUACGCAGCAAACCACAAACAUAGAACCACAUGGGCUUAGCGAGGAGGGCUCCAAUAAUACCUCCCCACCUAACGGACAAACUACUUCAUCCCCGCAGAAGCUGGCCACGGAGUACAUCGUCCCGUGUAUGAACAAGCACGGCAUCUGUGUUGUGGACAACUUUCUGGGCACAGAGACUGGACUAAGUAUCCUGGAGGACGUCAAGGCCUUGCACAAAACGGGCCGGUUCACGGACGGCCAGGUGGUGAGUCAAAAAAGUGACUCCACGAAAGACAUCCGUGGGGAUAAAAUCACUUGGGUGGACGGGAAGGAGGAAGGCUGUGAGAAGAUCCGCUUUCUCACCACACGCAUGGACGACUUGAUAAGACAUUGUAACGGCAAACUGGGCAACUACACAAUCAAUGGAAGGACUAAAGCAAUGGUAGCAUGUUACCCUGGAAACGGGACCGGUUACGUGCGCCAUGUGGAUAACCCCAACGGCGAUGGACGCUGUGUCACAUGCAUAUAUUACCUUAAUAAAGAUUGGAAUGCCAAGGAACACGGAGGCCUUCUUCGAAUCUUCCCAGAAGGAAAGGCCCAGUUUGCCGACAUAGAGCCCAGAUUUGAUCGGCUCCUUUUAUUUUGGUCAGACAGACGGAACCCCCACGAGGUUCAGCCUGCCUUCGCCACCAGGUAUGCCAUCACCGUGUGGUAUUUUGAUGCAGAUGAGCGAGCCAGAGCGAAAGAAAAAUAUUUAACAGGUGCAGGAGAAAAAGGAGUAAAGGUUGAACUCGGCAAGCCAUCAGAUCCUAGCUAGUGGGAAGCCUGCGUACGUGCGCUCCGUACAGCCGAUAAGUGCUCUGUCCCCAGAAAGUGGCCUAUAGAGAGCAUGUGUGUGUCUUACAUGAGGCGGCGGGAAGAUGGAUGUUUCUUACAGGACAAAAAAAAAAACAAAACAAGCAUACCCAGCCAAUUGUGGUCAUACUCAGUCAACCUUGACAACCCAAACAGACCUUGAAUGUCAUGACAUUGUACUGAAAGGGACGGUGUGCGUUUUUUUUUUUUACUUCCUCCUUUUUAGAACAUUCGCACCAUACAACGUUCACAAUAAAUCACAGAUGUCAAGCUCAUCUCUCAGUUAAUUCCUUAAAGGUACAGUGUUGUGCAUAACCUCCAUGCAUUAUGCUUUUCACGUGGAAUCAGCUGUUUUUAUUCUACUGUUUUGCAAAUGUGCUUGAGUUUGCAAUAAGGAGGAAACAAAUGAAUUAAAUACAUCUUUUAAUGACAGACAUUGGUCUUAAGUUUGACUUCAUUCAGAAACCCUGUAUUCAAAAACACCAACAGAUCUCCAUGAGGUUUAACGUUUAGCAGAGUAUAGCACCAAAUGUAGUUGAAUGCUGCCCUCUGCUGGAGGUCAGUGGCAUUGCACGCCUCUCAGUUCCACAUGAUGGUAAUUUUAUUGCUCAGGAAGCUGUUGUUUUAUUUUGGCAGCAUUUGUGCCUCACAGUCAGAAGAUCCGAAUUUUCCUUCCGGUACUCCGAUUGCCUCCCACAUCCCAAAAACAUGCAUGUCUGGAGGUGUGAAUGUAAUAAGUAGUUGAGUGUGUCCUGGGAUAGGCUCCAGCUCACUUGAAUGUUUCUAUUUUAACAAAAUGGAAUGUUUCGGUACUCUUGGCAUACAUUUUGAACUUGAACUAUUUUGAAAAUAGUGUCAGUACUGUGUAAGUAAGCUAAACAUAUUUAUGUGGCCUCAAUACUACAAAAUAUAUACUUUUUUGAUUAAACUACACUCAACAAAAAAAAAUAUAAACUUUUUUCACAAUAUGAACUCAAAAAUGUAAAAGUAUUUCUGUAUACAGAAAAGAUUUGUCUCCAAUGUUGAAUCAAAAUGCCGGUUACAGCAUGAUUAUUGCACAGGUGUGUCUUAGGAUGGCCACAAUAAAAGGCCACUACUAAAAAGUAUGAAUACCCAAAAUACAGUACACAGUAUUACAAAAACAAUAAAAAACAUUACAAUUUGACUGUUUUAAUGAGUUAAACAACUACUAUUAACAAAUCUGUAUGAAAAGAAACACAUGACAUACAAAUACAGUGCACAAUGCAAAAGGUCAGGAAAUAUAUUAAUAUAAACUAAAAAAAAAAAAAAAAAAAGAGCAGUCAUAUUGGGCCCUGGAGUGUACAUGGAGUGUGAAAAAUCAUUUAGCGGUGGUCCUUCAUAUACUGGCGUGUGUUAGUUCUUGCCUAGAACUAAUAUGAAUGUAUCAAGUCCAGUGUGCUUCACUAGGAUAACAGUGCAAAAAAAACCAGGAGUCAAGAAAACCACUGUGAUUCCUUAUCAGUAAUGGCUGAGCUCCUCUGGAGGAAGGGGGAGGUGGUAAACGUCGUCCCCUCCCAUGUAAGCGCUGAUGCUGCUGCUUUGGCUCCCCCACUCGUAACUGUCGGCAGCCAAACUGGCACAAACAAAAGGAUCUGUUAAACCAGUAGUGAGCUCGGACCGCAUUUUGAUACAUUUUAUACAUUAAAGAUCGGAAACCUAAUUCAAUAUAGGCCACUUCUCAAAUACUACGUGGGCAUGAGAGGCAGGGAGUACUUUUAAUAUUAGCGCAGACCUGCCAACAUGUACACAUUUGGUGUACUCGGCUUGCAGUUGGACUCUUGAAUAUGCUUGUAUGCUUCACAGCUCUCCAGUCUGUCCAAAUGCUUCCAACAAAUAAUUCAGACGGCGGCACGGCGGUCGAGUGGUUAGCGCGCAGACCUCACAGCUAGGAGACCAGGGUUCAAUUCCACCCUCGGCCAUCUCUGUGUGGAGUUUGCAUGUUCUCCCCGUGCAUGCGUGGGUUUUCUCCGGGUACUCCGGUUUCCUCCCACAUUCCAAAAACAUGCUAGGUUAAUUGGUGACUCCAAAUUGUCCAUAGGUAUGAAUGUGAGUGUGAAUGGUUGUUUGUCUAUAUGUGCCCUGUGAUUGGCUGGCCACCAGUCCAGGGUGUACCCCGCCUCUCGCCCGAAGACAGCUGGGAUAUGGAAUAAUUCUAUGGAUAUAGAAUGAAUGGUCUAGGCCAGGGGUGGGCAAACUACGGCCCGGGGGCCACAUCCGGCCCACCAAGUGUUUAAAUAUGGCCCGCACGUUCUUCGUAUUUCAUUGAAACUUAACAUACGACCUGACAUCAUGGCUUUAGCCAACCUUUUGAUGGUUUAGGUAGCUUUUUUAGCACUUUGUUUAUUUGAUGUGAUCUGCUGUUUACAAAGUGCUCCUGAAAAAAAGGACACAAGCAUAUAGCAGGUUGCAUGACACUUUUACAGAUACAAUAAUUCCAGGUGGACUGUUAGAAUUAUAUGUUUAAAAUAUAUAGUCCGGCCCCCCAUCAAUUUUGUUAAAUCAAUGCUGCCCACAAGUCAAAAAGUUUGCCCACCCCUGGUCUAGGCCAAUACAUGCUAUAAUAAUACCUCAUUUAUAAUGGAACUAAUAUAUAGAGCCAAUAAAAAAAUGUAUUAAGGGUUUUCUAAAGAUUUAUAUUUUUACCUGGCUUGGAUGUUUUGAGGCAUAACACUCCACGCUAGGUCAUCGUCGCUGUCAUAACGCCGAGGAUUGUCGAAGAAAUAAGCCCUGGAGGAGAAGACAUGGCCGGGAAUCCCAGAUCCACUCUGCAAAAAAAAAAAAAUACGAUGUGGUUAAAAGUUGUCACGUAAGUAUUAAAUAUCCGCUGUUUCACAAGAAAAGCAACUUCCACGUCAUCUGCUGUGUUGUAAUCAUCGACUUGUUUUUGUUUGAAAGAGGCCAAAAGGGAAGCACGGUCACAUGGUCACAUGCUACUUAAUGACUCACCCUGUCCAGGUCGGGCUGGCGAACUCUGAAGAAGAACACCACAAGAGAAGUGGGGAGCAGCUCCCAUACGAAUAAGACCACCCCAAAGACAACGUAGCCGGUGUCGCCCAGAGUAGACUGUAAAUCGGCCUGAAAGAAAAUACAAACCUGACUCGGUGAAUUCAACCAAUUUUGGAACUUUGACAUCAUUUCUAUUGUAUUUAUAAUAGUGUAUUUACCAACAUCAUAUCCAUUCUGUCUGUCAAUCACAUACAUAACAUAUGGACAUACCUCUACUUAUCACAUACUAGAGUAUUAAUUGGCCCUGUACCCUAGAAACCGCCCAUGAAUGAUACCGGAAAAGGCCGAAAUGAUACUGUGUCAAAGCCCAGGGCAGUGAUACUGAUAAAAUAUAGAGUUUAACCAUGUCCAGUAUCAGCCCCCGUAGCUGUCCACUCAGAGCGCGCUGCUCUGGUAUCGUGCCCGUGAAAUAAACCAAUCAGAGAACAGCGCACGAGGGUUUGUUUUGCUGCCGUCUGUGCUCUGUCAACAUGUCAGCGGUUGACACUCCCGGCGAAAGACAAAUAGGGAAAAUAGCAAAUAGAAUAUUAGAAAUGCAACGUUUUAUCACCAUUAAUGAGGAGGACACUCUUGAAAUGAUCGAAAAAAAUAAAAAUGCAAAUACAAGCUCAUGAUUAAAUAGUAUGUGAUAAUGAGAUCAUCACAUGGUUUGUCUGGUAUCAGGCCAGACCUUCGGUCUCGGGCUGAUACUGACACUUGGGGGCAUGAUACCUUUAAAGAUCACUUUAUCAUUUUAACAACAAAUAAAACAGUAAUUUUACUAGAAUAAAGUUAAAGUAUUAAGCAAAAAAUAUUUUAAUCUAACAAAAAAAUCAGUUUUCCAGUUGUCUAAUAAGAAGCAAUAUUUUUGCUAAUUUGUGGAAAUUGUGUUGAGUAAAAAAAUUCAAAAUAUUAUGGGAAUAAAGUCAUAAUUAUAAGAUGAAAAUUUAGAAGAAGUUGAAAUUGUUCGAAAAUGUUUUGUGUGAAAAUAAAUUCAUUUGAAAAAUGAAUUUUUAAAUUUAAUUUUAGGUCAUAUAGUGUUGAAAUAUGAAAGAAAAAUUUGAAGUCAUAAUGUGAGAAACAAAAUGAGGUUGGGGAAAAAAGUCACUAGUUUAUGAGAAGAAAUUUAUGGGAAGAAGUUGGAAUAUUUUGGGGGAAAAAAGACAGAAGUGCAUACUACUAAUGUAUUUUUUUUUACCUAUAUAUCAAAGCAGAGAUGCAGUUUUUUCUUGAAAUAUAACUAAAAGAGACCAUGCAUUAUUUUAGCUGUUUGAAAAUUAACUAUAUCAGCAAGUUUAAGUAUUUGUGAUUUUAGAAAUAAGGAGUUAGUAUGUUCUCUGUAGGCGGCAUUAUGAAUUAUCGUUACUGACCUUUUUUGCAGUACAUUUAGCGAGUGAAGAUCACUUUAUCAUUUUAACAACAAAUAAAACAGUAAUUUUACUAGAAUUAAGCAAAAAAUAUUUUAAUCUAACAAAAAAGUUUUUCAGUUGUCUAAUAAGAAGCCAAAUUUUUGGUAAUUUGUGAAAAAUUGUGUUGAGUCAAAAUUCAAAAUAUUAUGGGAAUAAAGUCAUAAUUAUAAGAUGAAAAUUUAUUGUAUUGAAAAUUGUAUUGUUCGAGAAUACAUUAAUUUGAAAAAUGAAUUUUUUAAUUUAAUUUUAGGUCAUAUAGAGUUGAAAUAUGAAAGAAAAAUGUGAAGUCAUAAUGUGAGAAACAAAAAUGAGGUUGGGGAAAAAAGUCACUAGUUUAUGAGAAGAAAUUUUUGGGAAGAAGUUGAAAUAUUUUUGGGGAAAAAAGACCGAAGUGCAUAUUACUAAUGUAUUUUUUUUACCUGUACAACAAAGCUCAGAUGCAGUUUUUUCUUGAAAUAUAACUAAAAGAGACCAUUUCAUCCUUUAAUUUAUUAGUAUACGGCCCUCGGUGGAAAAUGUUUGGGCACCCCUGAUCUAAGCGCUACCUGGUCGGAAACGUUGUACCAGUCGUAGUCAAAGGAGUUGAUACUCUUGUUUGAGAGCCCCAGGACCACCAGGUUAUAGCAGGCCCGGGAUGUGUACAGAAGGAUGACGAUGGCCCCUAUAGCGGUUACCUGGCACACCGACGUCCCCUGUAAUGAACCCAAGACUGCACGUUAUCACCAACGUAUUUCAUGACCUCUACCGUGUGGUUUCUCACCUUGGAUUCCAGAUAAAUGUUGGCCAGGGACAUCUUGGCAAUCUUGUAGAGACACAGCGAGAGCGACACAGCACACAGGACAAAGAGGGUGUCAUUGAUGGCCACCCUCACCAGCACCACCGUGUGAGCAUCUGCAGACGACGUCCUCACCAGCAUGGCGCAAACAAGGUUGACGGCUAAAAACACCAGGCUCAUGGACAGGAAGACCAGGUACAGUGGCAGUCUGGGAAACAUUUUUUUUUUUAAACUUCGCUUUGGUUCCAAUUUUCUACAAGAAAAGCUCUGAUAAAACAUUCCACUGUUCUCAAAUAUCUUACUUUUUAUUUUUCUACACAAAAUAAGAUGAAAAAAAAAUCAAUAAAGAAAAUCGAUCAGUAAUAAAUAAAUAAAUAAAUAUAAUAAGAACAAUAAAACGGCAAAUAAUAAAAACUUAAGAAACCACAUAUAGUUGGUGGGUAGACAAAUUAUUUUUUUCAGAUUAAAAUGAACAAAGCAUUAUUAGAGAGCUAGCGACCUAAACGGUAGCCUUCAAGUUAUUUCCUUUAAACUUUAAUAGCCAAAAACUUCCCACUUCCACACGGAUAGGGAGGAUAACUAUUAACAGUUAUUUAACCUUUAACAUGAACAUUAAUCAAACAUAAUAUUUUUUUCUGGGUACAUGAUACCAUACAGCAUCCAUAUCAAACUUGCGCGGGCCGCACUAACAUUAAACUUUCAUAUCAAGGCGGGGGCCUCAAACUAGUGUCCGCAUGUUUGAGACCCCUGCUAUACAGUAACAAAAUGUAGAAUUGCAGUCAAAAACAAUAACCUAUACAGUAACAGGAUCUAGAAUUGUGGUAACCAAAUGUGGAAUUUCAGUACACAAAAUGUAGUAUUGCACUUGGAUGAAUGAAUCUUAUUGCACGUUUGAAGUAUUAUUGUACUGUAUUGUAUUGAACAGUGAGGUGUAUGUUGUAGUAGUGCAAAAAUAAGUAUGUUCAUUUAUGAUUAUUCAUUGCAGUAUUGUUCAUUGUUCAUUUAACCACCAUUAGAAAUGAAAUUUUGGCAUAUUAAAAAUGCUGUUGUACAUCUUAAUUUUUAUAACUGCCAAUAUUUACAUUAAAAAUAUGAUCAAUUUUCCUGGGAAAUGAGAUAAAUUCUGAUCUCCUACUAGUAUUCAUUUAUUUGUGUACGCAAUUCAAGCAGAACUUAUUCCUGAGCCAGGAGUGAUAAGGUCUGUUGCUAGCUCUAUGGUUAUCAUCACAUUUUCCCUCUUUACCAUCACUGUACCUUAAGCAAGCAACAAAAAGUAAAAGAGGUUGACCUUCCAGCUCAUUAAUACGUGACUUAUAUACUAUAUAUUUAUACUACGUUACGUAAUGUUGAUUGUCACCAGAAAAGCAAAAUGGUGGUUUUACCUGUACCUCAGGAGCUCCGGUGCAUAUUUGGACUUGGCCUUGAACACAACCUGUCAUGAGAAACCGUGAAAAAACAUACACUGUAAAUGCGUCAUGAAGACAUUUUCACUUCCCCAAUUUACGCUCGAGCAACAAAAUAUCAAAACAGGAAGCUUUGCUGAUUUAAGCUUCUAGCAAACAUUUUCUACCAAUUGCGCUGAAUGAUGCUUCGUUAGCCGCCAGACACGCUUUUGUUGAAUAUGUGAAUUAUGUAAGCAGAUGAGGAGUGAGUCACUCCAUCAAGCGAAAGCUCCUCAGUAUAGGAGUUCAGGUGUUAUUAUAAAAAUAGCACCUCAUUGAGGACAGAGAAGGUACAUUAUGACCUGUGAUGGAUCAUAGGGCUUUUCCACAAUUUAUAUGAGAUCUACUACAUUCAUUCACUCAUUUUCUACCGCUUUUUCCUCACAAGGGUCGCGGAGAGGGUGCUGGAGCCUAUCCCAGGUUGUCUUCGGGCGAGAGGCUUGGUACACCCUGGACUGGUCGCCAGCCAAUCACAGGGCACAUAUAGACAAACAACCAUUCACACUCACAUUCAUACCUAUGGACAAUUUGGAGUCGCCAAUUAACCUAGCAUGUUUUUGGAAUGUGGGAGGAAACCGGAGUACCCGGAGAAAACCCACGCAUGCACAGGGAGAACAUGCAAACUCCACACAGAGAUGGCCGAGGGUGGAAUUGAACUCAGGUCUCCUAGCUGUGAGGCCUGCAUGCUAACUACUCGACCAACGUGCAGCAUAGUAUCAUUUAUCCUUUUCAUUCAUUCAUUUUCUACAGCUUAUC